AUGGCGGCUAUUGAGAACCGCGGGCCUACCCUACAGGCCGUUGCUGUGUCUUUGCUCGUCGCGGCCAUUGUUUCCAUCUUGCUGCGCUGCUAUGUUCGGAUAUUCUUGAUCAAGAAUUUCGGCGUCGAUGAUUACUUUAUGGGGAUCGCAAUGGUCUUUUUUACUCUCUUCGUGACAUCCGUUUUAGUGGGCAUCAAGUACGGCACCGGACGGCACCACUGGGAUCUGGAAACGGCCGAUGAACAGAAGGCCAUGCAGGCUUGGUGGUUCUGCUAUCUAUGGUACUGCCUCAGCAUGAUCGCCUCCAAAAUAUCCAUCGGCUACUUCCUCCUCCGCAUCACCGUACGGAAACUCGACAUCUGGAUUAUCUACAGUGUCAUGGGCGUCACUGUCCUCACCGGCGCCGUCUUCUUCUUCGUCACUCUCUUUCAGUGCAACCCCGUGUCCUUCUUCUGGGACAAGAGCCCCGCCAACGGCACCUGCGUCAACAUCGAAGUCAUCAUCGCCUUGACCUACCUCUACAGCGCCUGCAGCGUCAUUUGCGACUUUACUUUUGCCAUUCUUCCCGUCUUCCUCAUCAUGAGCCUCAGCAUGGACCGCAAGACUCGUCUUGCUCUCGUUCCCAUCGUCAUGAUGGCGUGUGUGGCGAGUUCCGCCGUCGUCGUGCGAUUUGCAUACGUCAAGGAUUUCAAGAACCCCGACUUUCUCUACGCCACCGUCGACAUUGCCAUCUGGUCAACCACCGAAUCAGGCCUCGCCAUUAUCGCCGGCAGCUUGGCCACGCUUCGCCCGCUGUUCCGUCUCGUCGCCCGCGCCAUGGGCCUCUCUACGAACGACCCGUCCGGCUACCAGGUUUCGGGCCAACAGCGAAUCCCCUCAGGCAUGGGCUGGGCCAACCAAGCAGACGAGAGCCGAGACAGUCGCCGUGGCAAGGGCCCUUUCAGUCUGACGACAUUUCUCAACGAUGAAGCAGAGGCCAGGACUGGUGGCGCGAGUGGAGAGUCAGAAGAUGCGCAACGCAAGAGGUCACUGGACCGCAAAAGGGGGUCGAUCUGGAAGUCCAAGGGCGGCGAUGCCGGCGACAGCGAGGAGGAGCUGACGUUCGACGGCUCGAAGAAGACGACAACCUGGACGGUCGAGACGAGGACAAAGGGGUCAUCAUUAUCAGUGGAGGAGCGAAGCGUUUGA